AUGGCCUUGCAGGCAGAGGUGCUUGAGAUUCGUCGCAAAGAAGAGAAGAAGCAAUCAGUGGAAUCACUUGAGGACACCGACGAAGAUGUUUCCGAUUCUGAGGCAGAACCGGCGCCCCUUGAAAAUGUUGAGCCUGCCCCACUACCAUCUUCGGGGUCGCAACCAGUUGUUCCAACAGGAUCCAAGGGUGAUCAUUCCUGUGCCCCUCCAACAGCCACUGAACCCACUCCGGGUCCUGCACCAGCAGCCGAUCCACCGGCGAAGCCAUCUGUGGCGGGAGAACCUGCCACAGAACCGGGUGCUGAGGCGAAGGUGGACAAGGAAACACGUGCUGGUCAAAAAGCAUUUGCUCGUAAAGUUCUUCUCGAGAAGCUGCACAAGAUGAAGGAACAACUUGCAGAGAUCCAUGCAAAGAAAGUUGCUCCGAAAGCAGGUCGUGGGGAUCAUGUGGCCAAGGAUUUGGGUCCAGACUUUGACAAGGCAAUGAAGAUUCCAGGAGACACGUCAUCACCAUCAUCUUUACCAACCAUUGCUACCGACAAUGUGGAUACACAGCCCGUGGAUGUGAUGGAGCUUCCCGUUCCUGCUGCUACUCCAUCAAAACCUGUUUCCUCCGAUGAUGUGACCCGUAAGAGGCGAAAGUACCAGAACCUUGAAACUGUUUCAAAGUUGGGGACUACGUUGAUUUUGGGUGAGGGCAACAAGAACAGCCCUGAAUCUAGUGAGUCAACACACACCCCAUCAUCUACCAGUGCCCAGAAGAGUAUCACCACUACUUCUGGUGGAAGACCUGCUGAUGAAGUUACCCCAGAUGCCAAUGAUUCUGCAAUUCCCAAACCCAGACGUCGUCGGGUGAACAAAUCCAAAGAGCCACCACCAGUCCCAGAGGGUUGGUGGGACGACAAUUGCGAAGAUGACCCAGAGCCAGCAGAGUCCGAGCCUUGUGAAGUUGCCGAUGCCGAUGAUGAAGCAGCUAGCAAGGUUGUGACACGCAGAGAUCAACUCAGCUUGAAGAGGCCGCCCCAGAGUGCCCGUGGCAAAGGACGUGGCAAAGGACGUAGCAAAGGACGUGGCCGUGGGAAGGGUGUGAGUGGUUCCAAGCCGAAGGGCCCCAAGCGCAAAGUCACCAAAUCCAAGGCUGUGAAGAGAAAACGUGAUGUUGAGGAUGAAGAGGUUUCAGACAUUGACAUGGUGGAAAACUAUGAUGAUGGUAAGGAUGAAGAGGGUAGUGAGAUGAAUGAGCAUGCCCCCCCUCCACGUCGCCGUGCUGGAAAGGCCGAAGGAAAGACCAAGAACAUCCAGAAGCAUCAGAAGAAGGCCGCUCCGAAGGCCAAGGUGGACAAAGCUGCCAAACCCCGCAAAGGUGCUAGCAAACCCAAGAAAUCCAAGAAGGCCCCAUCUACGAUGAAGGAGCCUGCAGUUCCCAAGAAGUCAAAGGCUUCAAAGGCAUGUGGUUUGUAUGUGAUCAGAGAUGAUACUCCCAUCCCUGAGCAAAUGAUGCAGUUCACCCAGAUGAUUGACACAACUCUUGACCUUGAUUCUUUCAAGGAAGCUGUCCGUACUACCACUGGGAAUUUGGGUCGGGGGAGCUUGAAUGUCUAUUGGUCCAAAAAUACAUGCGGGCUCAAGUGGCAGUUUGGCCGUGAUAGCCGUGAUAUCACCACCUUUGCAUUCCAUCGUGCUUGCCCUGGUGAACCCCGUGUCAAACUGUUGAUUGCAGUGGCUGCUGCGAUUCACCUUGCGCUCCUCAUGUGUCACGCGCUCGCCGUGUGCGGAGGAGUUCGAGUGGUUGGAAUACUAUGCCGGAAGGGCGGCAUGCACCACCGCUAUGCGGAGGGCUGGCUUGGCGUGGUCUACGCCAUGAAGGGCCGUGCAGGGAAUUUCCUGUCCUGGUUUGGCAUCAAGUGUUCGACUUGGGUGAGCAUUAAUUGUGGGACCUCCAAAAGAUCGGCAUGCAGCAGUAUAGGUCCUGAAACAGUUUUGUCCACAAAGAUGGAUGAAGGCCUGUUCGCAGAGGAGCUUCAGUUGGAGAUCAAUGAGCUGGAUUCCGAUGAUGAAACGACUCCGGAAAUCCUUGCCCAACCCGCCUCUACUCCAGCGUCUGCACCUGAUGGAACUUCCACGGAGGUGGACACAGAGCUUCUUGAAGAUCAACCCUGCAAGACCGAUGGCUACAUGCCGUGUACGGAAGGUGCAGAUGUGCUGGUGGAUGAUCUUUCUGUUCAACUUGCGCUGGCACUGGGGCCCGAGAUCAAAACUGAGCAAAUGGAACCUGACAGCCCUGCCAACAAAAAGUCUGAUGAUGGUAAUGAUGAGAUGGCGCCCCCUGUUGAGAAUGAUGGUGACAAAGCAUCAAAUGGAAAGAAGAAGCGAGUUCUUACCCGACGAGAACUUCUCAUGAACGCUGCCAAGGCACGGAUCCGAAGGAUGGUGGCUCCAAAGUCCAAAAGAACUGACCUGUCGGUACCAGCAUGGGUUGGCACGGAGUGGAACAAAGGAACCAAGGAAAAGGAGCAAAUGGCCAUUACCCUCCAAGAGGUGAACUUCGACAAGUUGAAGUUUGUGGAUGAGAUGCAGCGCAUCAUCACAUCCCGGAAGAAGGUAAGCGUCAAGAAAGACCAGGGAUGGUAUAGUGAAUCUGAGAUGAAAACUGACCUCAAAUGGCCUGCGACCCGCAUCACUGCAGCAAAGACCUACUGCGGCGAUUCUACUCGUGCUGAAACACAUGUGAGGACACAGAGUUUGGGUGCUCAGACGGGAUCUUUUCCCUUCUCCAAAGUGUACAAAUUCGGUGGCCGGGUGUUUUGGCCAUGCCAUUGGUGGGAGAAGCUGCAUAAGGAUUCCAAGAGGCAAUAUCUUUCUGGCUUUGUGGACAAACGGGACGGCCUUCUGAAGAAGGAGUAUGCCAAGGUGUUUCAAGUUGCCCCAAAGCAGAUGGCAGUUUGUUCCUCCUAUCGCAAAAGACUCUUGAGAUCAGAUGAAACGGUGUUGCCCAACGACGUGCUGAACUUGAUCCCUGAGAUUGUGGCUGAGACAUCGUCCAUAGCAGUUCAGUUCUGCUAUCUUGCCAGUGCCAAAAAGAUUGAUGAAGCAACCGGGUUCAAGAACCCGUUGCUGGAGCAGCCAGAACAUUCGAGUCUGUCGAGCAGAUUGUUGCGCACCUUGGGUAUGGGUCCAGGUUCACGCUUUGGGCACCUGAAUUACAACGUGGUGCGAUUCUUCCUCCGCAGGCAAUGGGUCCUGGGUUGCAGCCGCAAGGUUUCAGGCCCCACAGCCAAGAAGCCUGCUGCUGCUGCUGCUGCAGCCAGUGCUCGUGUUUCUCCUUCCGGGUUGGAGCGACAGAUGUUGCAUGAAGUCGCCAUCGUUGUGGCCAACCCUCAUGUACGCAUGUGCGAAAGUGGUGGGCUUGCCGAUUUGGAGGUGGCACAUGAGACUGACAAGGCUACGCUGAUCCCAGGUUCUGUUUUCUCCAUUUCAUACAAGAAUUUCACAGACGCGCAAGAGAGGGUCGCGGAAGAAGGAGGCCACAAGAGGGCUGCGCGCACUCCCACCUCUGCAACUACUCAGGCAAGUACCAUGAAGCAGCACUAUCUUCAGGACAAGCAAACCAUUCUGCAGAAGAUUGGCGGCCACCAGUUCAACCAGUGUGUCUUGAAUGAGAUGACUGAAGCUGACGUCAACGACUGCAUUGGCAAGCUGACUGGCCAGUGGGAAUACGAUCGUGUUGCCAGUAAGAAGCGUGACAAGCUUCAAGAAGCUUUGAUUCAGGAAGGGAUGCGCCGCUUGGAAACAGUCAAUUCGAAGUCGAUGAUUACGGUGGUUCGUGCUGAGCGGGCCGCUAUGGAGGAGAUUCUGGCUUCAAUCACGGUGUACAAUGUGGGGAACCAGACGGCAAUUAUGACUACAGGAUAUGCUGCUCAGUGGUUGCCACCGGGAACAACCCCGUGGAAGCUUACGGUGCUCUUUGACCGUGAGAAGUUCAAGCCUUACGUGCAGAAUGGUGUGGAAUCCAAAUGGGCUGAAGACUUUACGACGAUCAUCACCCCGCAGACUACUAUCCCAGAAUAUGUUCCACUGCAGCGCAAGAAUUGGCAGGCCACUCAGGUGGAGAUCCCCAAAGCCAAAGGUCCUUCUCCAGCCGCAGCGGCACCGGCAUCGGCAGCCCUUGUCGCAGUGCCUGGGGCAGAUUGCCCACCAUCCCCAGGCAGCAUAUGCAGUAUGUACAGUAGAGCCAGCACAUUGCCUGCAGAAGAUGAACCGUUGGACAAUACAGUGGUGUUGGACCAAGAAGCGGGGCAACAGUAUGUGUGGAAUCAAAGGAACAACGAUGUGAAGUACCUCGAGAUCAUUUCGCCCGCCAAUGACUGGGUUGCCAAACGCUCAGCGAGGACAGGCGAGGAGUUCUUGCAUUCGCCAGCAUUGAAGAUGAGCCUGUGGGCUGCCCAAUUCUGGGCUGGCAAAGAGGCACCCAAGCCCCGCAAGUUGCGCAAGACAGAUUCUACAUGCACUACGGAAGCCAUGGAUGGCACGGCUCCCUUGUCAGUCCUGCCCGGAGUUCCUGCUGGGAUCCCGGCUGUUCCUCCUAGCCCGACCGUGCCCGUGGCUGUGGUUGCGCCCAUUGUUGCCACACCGAAGCCGAUCACUGCUGCCAAAGCAGCUUCCAUUGUCCGCCCACCAGCCCCGCCUCAACAGGUCACGCCUGACUUGGCUGAGCAAAUACUGGUGAUGAAGGAUGACUCGCAGGAUGACACCAAACUGUUGCUGAAGGUCCAGGAGUUGGAGAACAAAGAGAAGAUUCCAAUUGGGUCCAUGAAGAAACUGGCUGCCGACUUUCGAGCAAAGAUCCGUGCAGACACCAACGCUGCAAGGGGGCUCUCGAAUGUCGAAAAUCUUUCGCCUUUUGGCCUACUAUGUGUUGUUGGUAUCUUACGGUUGGUGAUGAGCAUCGCCAAGAAGCCCUGGAAGACCCGAGACUUUGGCAAUUCAAGGGCGGCAUUUGCCCAACACUUCUUGGAUACUUUUGGCCCUGAAAGUCCGGAAUUUAAAGCGCUUGUACCUGAUAUUGCCUCAGACCUUUGCCUACCAGAAGACACGCCUGCUGAAGAGUUACACGAACGCAAAAAUCCCUGGAGCUUCGAGACGUGUGGCUUGGUAAAGCGCAAAGCGAGGAUUUACCACACCAUGCUUCCGAUGGCCGAAACUUAUUUGACCUACCUGGAUGCCGUGAAGAGUUUAGAUUCAAAUCGUCAACUGCUGGCAGGAUGGUCGAAUCGAUCAUGGGCUCUUGACGUAUGCAAAGUACUUGGAACCCUGGUCGACUAUGAGUGUUUGAAUCGACUGCGUUUGGUUGGGAACAAAGUGGACUUGGAACAGGACCAGCAAGAUGCCAGUUUGUGGUUCUCACUCGCUGUGUCCACGGCGAGCCACAGAUGUUGGAGCAUGGCCAUGCACAGUGAGCUUCCUCCUGAUCAGUGGUUUGGGAUUUUGGAUCACAAUGACCACGCAGCAGGGAUGGCUUGCACCAAGCUCAACAGUAGCUUCCGGAUCAUCAAGAAAGCCCAGGAUUCUCUGAAAGGCACUGCAGAUCAAGCACUGUCCGCCAAAGCCAAAGAGGCACUGAAGAACUGCAUGAGUGACAUUUGGUUUCCAAAGCUACGAGUGGUCAAGGAGUUUUGGGAUCACGCGAGUUACUUUCUCUUUCGAAAAGAUGCAAUCUGGGACCAUAUUUGGUACUUGAGCAAUCGCCUUCUGACCACCAAGCAAUCGAUGGAAGAUUUGAUUGGUACCGCCGCUGACCACGCAGCACGGGACCAGAAGAAGGAACACAACUCAAUCGAGCGUGUUUACUUUCACUUGUGCAAUUCGAAGCGGCUGGCCAAUGCUGAGUCCGAGUACAAGUUCCUGAACUUGGAGCGAGGGGACCUAGCCAACCCUGACAUGACGAUGUCCGGGAAUCGAAGAGACACAUUUGUCUGCACGAGUGAGGGUUCGAAGUUGGGCGAUGCUGUCAGGGAAGCAUUGCUUCUCGGCACCCGUGGAAUGCAAGCUGCCACUGAUGACUUUGUUGCACAGCCCCAUCAACCAGUGACAAAGGCACUGUGGAAACCUCAGGGACAGCAUGCUGACAAUCGGGAACUGGCUUCAUUCAUGGCGGUCAAGUUUUGCCAUGGUGACUUGGAGAUGUUGCCUGGAUGUUGGGCAUCAUUCAUGCUGCAGGAGGGGUGCCUUUUCAAGCGAAACACUGCCGACCAAAAUGUGUACUUAUCCCUUGGCUUCAAACAUCGCGCUGCUUGGGGAGUCCGGGUUGAGCAGGAGUCUGUGGACGGAUUCUUUCGACUGACGCUCAGCGCCAACGACAUGACAGUGGAAAACACCAGGGUGCGAUUGAAGGAGAUGGUGGAAUGUCAUGUUGGGGUUUCACCGGCAGACAAGAACAUCAAGUUGGAAUCAGACUGGGUGGCCAUUCCCACUAGAGUUUGCACCUUCAACCGCACACCUCGGGAAUCAGGGCAAGAAGCUGUCAUGCUGAAACGAACUGGUCCUAACAUGGACAUUGUGGAGCACUUCUUGCGACAUGGCACCAUGCAGGAGGUGACGGAGUCUCAGCUCACUCAGCUUGUCACAUCCUAUGGGAUCACCAAAGUGCCCCGGUACCAAGAGAACCGUGCAGCCAUCAAGUCCAAGUUGAUGUGCCUUAUCACCUACACUCUCCCGGCUUUGGUGGAUGACGAGAAAGUCGUGAUCCUUCAGCGGCUCUUGUCUACGCAGAAGCAGAAAGCCGACAUCAAGGACUCCACGGCCCUGAAAGCUUUACGUUUGCUGGACAACGAAGAUGACGGCAAAAUGUUCUCUACCCUCAGGGACAGGUUGGAAGAUGCCGAAAGAGAGAGAGCAGUGAUGGAACGAUUCGGCAGUACCAAAGAGAAAAAACAGUUUGCAACACCUGAGGUCUUGAAGAACCUGAGACCUGAUGUAUCCUCCAGUUCAAACACAUCAGGGUUUGGAGCCGUGCUGGUGUGGCAAUGUUCAAUGCAAUGCUUCCAGGGGUACUACCCAAUGGAGAUUGUGGAGGAAGACGGGACGAACACCCGCAGAAAAAAAUUCACCAGUACAAGCCGGAAGUACCAAAGUGAAGAGCUGGAAGACAUGAGCAAAGCUCUGUGGGCAGUGGUGCAAUUUCUGUGGCGGGAACACGUGAAACAAGAUGGAAGUGACGCCGAGAAACCCAGUAGAGAGGACGUCUGGGCAGCGAUGGCGGAGGCUGAGCUGGAGUACAAAUCUGGCAAGUGCAAAAUGUACAAUUUCGAUGAGGUUGACAUUCCCAGUCUGGCCAACAUGAAGUCUGAGGCGAUGCCGGCGAUGCCAUCAAGUUCCCAGCCAGCAGGGUCUACCAAACGUGUCAAGACAGUGGCAGCAAAAGAAGCAGGGGCAAACAAAAAGACUGGCGCGCUGAUGAUCGCCAGGGAUCCCAAUAGGGAGAGGAAAAGAAAAAAAAAGAGAGAUGAGUCAGGUGAUAGCAGUGGGUCCUACAAAGAAUCGCCCAUUGACUUCGACAAAAUCAAGGCGAAGAUGAAGAAGAAGUCGCGAAAGUGA